AUGAAGAGACUCGCCACCUCAGAUUCUUCAUCACCUCUCAUCACAAUCUCUCCAUCAACAGAAGAACAUAGUCCGAGGAACAAGCAUGUGUAUGGUAUGGAGUUUCAAUCCAUGAUGUUGGAUGGAUUCGAAGAGGAAGUUUGUGUUGAUGAAACCGGUCAUCACUCUGAGAAGAAACGGCGACUGAGAGUGGAUCAAGUUAAGGCUUUAGAGAAAAACUUUGAAGUGGAAAACAAGCUUGAGCCUGAGAGAAAGGAGAAGCUUGCGAUAGAACUCGGGUUGCAGCCAAGACAAGUUGCUGUUUGGUUUCAAAAUCGUCGUGCGAGAUGGAAGACAAAACAGUUGGAAAGAGAUUAUGGUGUUCUUAAAGCUAAUUAUGAUGCUCUUAAGCUCAAGUUAGAUGCAAUUACUCAAGACAACAAAGCUUUUCAUAAGGAGAUUAAGGAAUUGAAAUUGAAGCUGCAAGAAGAAGAGAAAAGUGCAAGCAGUGUUUUGGUGAAAGAGGAGAUGAUAACAAUGGUUGAAUCUGAUGAAAACAAGCAUAACCCAUCUUCCGAAACAUCAAUUCCUAGUUUAGAAUCUAAGGAUCAUUUGAAUUAUGACAGCAUCAUCAACAACAACAAUAGUUUUGGUGUUGGAGAAGCUUCUUCACUUUUUCCAGCAGAUUUAAGAGACGGUUCUUCUGACAGUGAUUCUAGCACAAUUUCUUCAUCCGGAGGAAUUCUUCAAAGUCACCUUUUGUUGUCUCCUGAUUCUUCCUCCAUGAAUUGCUUCCAGUAUCAGAAAUCUUAUCAUGUGAAAAUGGAGGAACAAAAUUUCUUGAGUGCUGAUGAGGCGUGCAAUUUUUUCUCUGAUGACCAAGCACCGACGUUACAAUGGUACUGUCCAGAUCAAUGGAGUUGA